AUGAAAGGAUUCUUAACACCAGUGAAUGAUCGUGAAUGGUCUUUUUUGAAGAAAAUACCAAGAAAAAAUUGGAGUCAUCGCAAACCGAAAGUACAACUGAACAAUCGUGAUGAACUGAUAAGAACAGAUCAGGCUAAAAAUAGUAACCAGACAACCUUAACUAAUUUUAACAUAAAAAACAGGUAUGCAUUAAAAUUAUGGUGA